GAACAUAUGUCAAAUGUAAACAUUUUAUAACGGGUACAUUUUAUUAUGGGAACGGCCCUGAAGUCGGAUGACCGCAUGCGGGUAGAAACCGACGCCUCAAAACCAAUUUACCGCAUCCGGUCGGUGCAGUUUUACUUGAUCAUGAGGUGUGAUCUCACUGGACAGUACAUUGCAUUUUGACAAAUUAAAGUCAAAAUGUGCGAGACCGAGAGAUUAAUUGAUCUUGUGAAAAAUUAUCCAAUCUUAUAUAAUAUGAAGAAUAAAUAUUACAAGGACAUUAAUAAGAAAGCAACAGUGUGGAAAGAAAUAGCGAUUCAAUUGGAUUUAGAAGAUGGUACAGUAGCAAAAAAUAAAUGGAGGCAUCUUCGUGAUUGUUAUGGAAAAUAUUUACGAUCACAAUCAGAUGCUACAGGACAAUAUAACAAAAAAUAUAGAAGGUGGACUUGGGCUAAUCAGAUGGAUUUUUUAAAGCCUUAUGUAACCACUAGACAAAUCGAUUUAAAUCAUGUAGGAAGUUAUUCGGAUAGUGAUACAGAUACAAAGAUCAAAAGUGAACCUGCUGGCCAUGAAGAUAUUGUGCAAUAUUUUAAUGAUUCUCACAAUGAAGAGAUGCCUGUUCCUAGGCAUUGCACGAUACAACCGACUUUAAAUCUAAACAUACCUGAAGAGACAAUAGAAUAUUUACAAACGAGAAAAGUACAAAAAUGUAUGGAUGCAGUGGAUUUGUUAUUUUUAAGUUAUGCGCAAACAUUGAAGACUUUUUCUCCUCAGAGACAAAUAGCAAUCAAAUUGCAAAUUGCACAAAUUAUAAACAGUGCAGAAAUAGCACAACUUGGGGAACGUGAUAGAUUAUGUUUUCCAACAUCGCCAUCGUCACCUCCAUAAUAUGUUUUUUUUUUUUCUUUUUUAGGUCUACACGUAUUUAUCUUUUGGUCUUUUUUAAAUGAUAAAUCGUAGACGCAUAUUACUAUAUUACAUUUUAUUGGAUAAUAAAUUGUUAUAUUUCUGCAAUAUAUAUAUGCUCAUGCAUAUCAUAUUGUUACUGUGAUAAAAAUAUUUAUUUUUCAUAUUUACAUCUAUACGACAUACAUAUAUAGAAAAAUGUUUCGAUUGUAAUGUAAAAAUGUAUUAUGUUCUUUGUAAAUUGUUCAAUCUCAUGUAACGGAUAACUUCUUGGAAGUAACUUCAAUAGCUCUUACAAGGUCUUUUCCAAGAACAUAAAAAUCUUGUAUCAUCGUAGAAAAAUUUAAUACAAGUUUACCAUCGUUAUUCAAUUUUCGACAA